AUGGAAAACAAUAAGAUCAAGAAGGUACAUAAGAACAGACCAUAUGCUUACAGUCCAGGAACACCGAUAAUAAACGAUUCAACUUCUUUUUCCAACUCAUUAUCAUCUUCCAAGAGUUCCAGCCUUCAAAAUGUUCAAGCCUUGCCCACUCGAAUACUUCGUAUCGAAGGAACAUCCAACUAUUUCAUGAUUUUACCAAAGAACUCACCUGCGGCUGUGCCAUUACAAAUCCAAAUGGUGACAACAAAAACGACUCCACGUAUACUUAGAAAAAUACCAUCAAAAAACCAACUAUUGGUAAAAACAAAGACUUCUUCACCGGCACUUAAAGUAAUCCCAAAAGUUGGGAUGCCAUCAAAUACUGUUGCAUCUAGAUCAAACCCAAAUGCGGCUGUGCCAUCACAAACCAAAAUGGUGACAACAAAAACGAUUCCACGUAUACUUAGAAAAAUACCGUCAAAAAACCAACUAUUUGUAAAAACAAGGACUUCUUCACCGGCACUUAAAGUAAUCCCAAAAGUUGGGAUGCUAUCAAAUACUGUUGCAUCUAGAUCAAACCCAAAUGCGGAUGUGCCAUCACAAACCAAAAUGGUGACAACAAAAGCGACUCCACGUAUACUUAGAAAAAUACCGUCAAAAAACCAACUAUUUGAAAAAACAAGGACUUCUUCACCGGCACUUAAAGUAAUCCCAAAAGUUGGGAUGCCAUCAAAUACUGUUGCAUCUAGAUCAAACCCAAAUGCGGCUGUACCAUCACAAAUCAAAAUGGUGAAAACAAAAACGACUCCACGUAUACUUAGAAAAAUAUCAUCAAAAAACCAACUAUUGGUAAAAACAAAGAUUUCUUCACCGAUACUUCAUCAACUAUUGACAAAAACAAAGAUUUCUUCACCGGCACUUAAAGUAAUCCCAAAAGUUAGAAUGCCAUCAAAUACUGUUGCAUGUAGAUCUCAACCUCCACUGAAAGUAGUCCUAUCUAAAAAUAUAAAAGAUCGUCCGACAACUUUGUCAAAGGCACAUCCAAAGACUCAGGUCGUAACCAAGAGUGAAUGUGAUUGGCCCACAUAUAUUAACCCUUUCGACUACACUUCUUACGUAAAAAAUACUUUAUUGUACAUCUGCAGACAAGAAAUACUGGAAAGCGAACGAAAUUUAAUGCAGGAAAAAGAAUCCGUAUUCGCGUGGCCUUGUAAAAUUUGCAGAAAAGAAUUUUUUGAAAAGGAACAACUAAUGGAGCACUAUGAAAUGCACAAGAAUACCAGAGAUCACCUAGAUGAUAUCGACGAAAUUAACCUUGCAAAUAACAUAAGCAGCAAAGAACUAACUUGUCCAAUUUGUUCGAGGUCAUAUGCCCACAUAGAUAGCUAUAAAAGACAUGUUGUUCUUAAACACAAACCAAAAAAACAUUAUUGUGAUAAGUGUAAACAUGCUUUUACUGACGAUUUUGACUUGAGUGUACAUAAUACCACGCACAAUCAAGAUCCAGAAUGGUACGAGUGCGCAAAAUGCAAAAAGUUUCGAACAAAUACCACGAGAAUCUUAUACGAGCAUAUAUCCAAUAAGCAUGUCAAAGAGGAAAUGUAUUGCAAUGAGUGUGACAAGACGUUCUUAUCCAAGACGUGGUUCGAAGGUCAUAAAAUAUUUCACAUAGACAUUAGUAAAAGAGGUACAUAUAAAUGUGGCCAAUGCGAAUCUGAGUUCACGUCCAACUAUUCGUUGAUGGAACAUAUGCAAGGAUCCCACACCAAAUACAAAUGCGAUCAAUGUGAUGUAACCUUUCCCUACAAGCAAAAUUUAUACGAACAUAACCGCCGUUUGCAUUUAAAAGAAAGACCGUUCCUAUGUAAAGAAUGCGGGAAAACAUUUAGAAAUUUACUCUGGUUUAGGUAUCACGAAAAAGCACAUAAAACAGGGAAAUGUGUAUGUCAUGUCUGUGGCAAUAUAUGUGCAAAGCAGGGCUUUAAAAUUCAUAUGCGAAUCCAUACUGGGGAGAAACCAUACAAAUGCAAUUUCUGCGAUAAAGCUUUUAGCUGCAAGAGCAGAUAUACCGCACAUGCUAGAAUUCAUACUGGCGUGAAACCAUAUGCUUGUUCCGAAUGUGAGAAAUCUUUCUCCAAUAAAUACGGUCUUGUGAUACAUAUGCGAGGCCAUACUGGGGAGAGACCAUAUUCUUGUUCCGUAUGUAAAAAAGGUUUCUCCCAGUCAUCCAGUCUUAAAAAACAUAUUAUGCGAACGCAUUAUCGGUGA